UCUACCUUCACUUCCAAGUUUCAUCCUGAGAAAACAAACUCAUUGAAACAGAGCGAAGCCAGAGCAAUUUUCUUUUCAUUCAUAUCCGAGGGAUAAAGAGAGAUGGCUGAGAAGAAUAACCAAGCGUACCCUGUAGCCCCAGCAAACGGUUACGCAAGAAGCGAUGGAGAGUCUUUGGUAUCCGAAGAUGAGCUCAAGCGCAAGAAGAGAAUCAAAUUGUUUACCUACAUUGGUAUCUUCAUUGUGUUUCAGAUCAUAGUGAUGACUGUGUUUGGUCUUACUGUGAUGAAGGUUAAAACACCAAAGGCCAGAUGGGGAGACAUUGAAGUUGAAACCCUCAACUCUGUUCCUGCAACACCUUCAUUCGAUACAACCUUCGAGGCUGAGUUGAGGAUCAAGAACACAAACUGGGGUCCUUACAAAUUCAAUGAAGGUACUGCCACAUUUUUGUACCAAGGCGUGACAAUUGGGCAAGUUGUUAUUCCUAAAGGCAAGGCUGGCAUGCGUUCCACCAAGAAAAUCGAUGUUGAGGUGAGUUUGAAUACUAAUACAUUGCCAAACAGUUCCUCUCUUGGAACCGAAUUGAACACCGGGGUAUUGACGCUUACCAGCCAAGUUGAACUGAAAGGAAAAGUUGAGUUGAUGCUUGUAAUGAAGAAAAAUAAGAAUGCCUCUAUGGACUGCACAAUAGCAUUUGAUUUGUCAUCGAAGACACUCAAAACCCUGCAGUGCAAGUGAUCAGCAAUGUGAACUAGUAUAUGGAUUGCCAGAUGAAGACUAAUUCUUUCAUUUUUCCCCUUUAUGUUGCUCUGUGAAUUGAAUAUUUUUAUUCUUUGUAAGUUGUCAGACGCCUUGAGGCUGGGACAUGGUGUAUAUGUAUAAUUUUUUAAUUAUAUUAGAAUAAUGUUCUUAAACUCC